AACAGGACGCCCCCUGUCUCCUGCUUCCGCUCGUACUGUAGGGUGGUCAAGAGGAAGGAUACCCGAAGAGCCAAGAUGGGAGUAGACAUUGAGACCAUAACUCCGGGCGAUGGACGGACAUUUCCGAAGAAGGGGCAGCGUGUCGUGGUGCACUAUGUCGGCACACUGGCAGACGGGAAAGUGUUUGAUUCUUCGCGGUCCCGGGGGAAGCCGUUCAAAUUCAAGAUUGGACACCAGGAGGUUAUUCGUGGUUGGGAAGAAGGAGUAGCGCAGAUGAGUGUAGGUCAGCGUGCAAAGCUGAUUUGCUCACCAGACUUUGCCUACGGCAGCAAAGGGCACCCAGGGAUCAUCCCACCAAACGCCACUCUCACCUUCGACGUGGAGCUCAUCAGUCUGGAAGCCUGAAACUUGUGCACUCACUUUGUUAAAUUCCACUCAAAUUUUCAGGGUCGACUCCUAUCUUGGGAAGAUGGAGGAAAAAUGAUAACUGAUGAUUCCUGCUCUUGAACCCUGCAUAGGACCUAUGUCUAUAUCUUCACUAGUUCACUCUCCUUUCAUUUAGAUACAAUUUGUGUUUCGUCACUUGCUUUAAAACUUUAUCCUCUGUGCUAUUCUUUAGGUUCCGUACUGUAAUAAGUCAUAGGCCAUCUCAUCCCAUGUUUUAUUUUGUCAUAUUCUGCUAUGUAUUUUUUUUUGGUGAUGUUUUGUUUUUUAUUUCUCCUAAAACAUUUUUACAAAUUGUGUCUGCCAUCAGGACCAGGUUUUAGAUAAGUGUCAUAAGUAUUGAAUCAAUCUCAUUCCUGUGGCUCUGUGGCCUUUACACUAAAAUCGUAUUGAUUGCGGGUAAUUAAUUGUCUUGGAUAAGAAUAAAUAGUUUGACACAAUGCUAUUUCUAUGAAUUACCUUUUGUGAUACUUGUUAUUGGGUUAAAUUUAAAGUGUGGAAUACAUUGUAACCAGGGAUUCAUGAAUCAAGCACAUUACAGCCAUGAGCAGCCUACAGGUCUCUGCAGAGGGAGGAGCGUCUUUGUCUGCAGCAUCAAUUCUUAAUUUAUAAGAGUGAAAUGACUAUUGCUGAAACACUCAACUGGACGUCUUUGGGCUUGUGGACUGCAAAACAUCUGGGGAAACAUUUUAUUUUGCCAAAACAAUCUUUGGUAAAAGGUUUCUAAACUUGCAUGGUAAGUUCCACAGUUGUACAUCUUGGGGUUUGUGAUUCUUUGUUUGAAGGAGUUGUGUAAGCUGUGGAUGUUGUAAAAGAUCUGUUCCGUACUCUAAAAACAUUAAAAGAGUAAUUUUAACAAA